UGGUACAAGGCUGUUGUGAAUAGCCUUGUACCAUGUGACAUCUGUGAUCAUUCACAGAUUGCACACAUAGUAAGCAAUGAUGUCAGAACUGACAUCUUACUUAAUACUCUGCAUGUGAUCACUGAUUGGCCAAUCAGUGAUCACAUGAUCGGGACCUCACACAGAGGUCCCGUAUGACGAUCGGUGUUCCACUGUGUCCGGAGGAGCGCGCACAAGCAGGGGGCGGGGAGGCCUCACGAGUUUGGUGAGAAGGGCUGGGGUCUGACGCCGCGAUCGUCACACCACCGUCCGGCCAUUUAUAUACAACGGCCGGAAAGGAGGUGGUUAAAG